UAUUCCUAUUUUUUAUUUGGAGAUAAGUCUGAAUUACUUUGCAAUGGUCCAAACCAGAUAAAAUAAAUAAUAUAAUAUUGAGACAUGCAUUUGCGUUUAGUUGACACGAAACGUUUAUCUGAGACACUGUAGUCUAUUAUUUCUAAUGGUUUGAAAUAAAUUUUGGAUUUUUCUCGAAGUAAAAGUCAUUAAGACUUUAGUAAAAUUUUGAAAAAGUUUUUCUUUAGUAUGUGAUUUAUUCGAUUUUACAGAUAAUUUAUGUAAUUAUUAACAGCUAUUUUAAAAUAUAAACAAAUAAUCUCAAAAAAAUUAUGGAAGUCAACAAAGAACCCAAAAAACCGACUCAAAAUCGAAUUUUAAAAGAUGAUCUACCAACAUUCGGCGUUCGUCAUUUACAAGGUCUUGUUAUUUUUUUUGGAAUUUUCUCUGCUUAUUUGAUCAGAGUAAAUCUAUCAGUGGCUAUAGUGGCAAUGUCGCCGGAGAUGAAUUCCACAGAUUAUUUUGAAGAGAAAACUCACCAUAUUAGCACUUUCCAGUGGAACGGAACGACAAAAAGCCUUUUGCUAGCCUCGUUUUUUAUAGGUUACAUGUUGGGUAAUUUCCCUGGAUCAGUGUUGGGAUGUCAUUUCAAUAAUAAAACUCUGCUCUUAUUUAGUACCAUUUCAACUUCGGCACUAGCUUUAGUUACACCACUUGCAGUUACCACGUACGGAGCUACAGCAUUGUUUUUGAUUCGAUUAGUUCAAGGUCUCGUCCAAUCUUUAUUAAUGCCAAUGUGCAAUGGAAUAAUGGCCCGAUGGAUACCGCCAGUUGAACGAGGACGUCUGAUGGGUUUCGUCGUGAGUAGUGUACAGUUGGGUACCAUGACGACGUUAGCUGGAUCUGGCUGGUUGGCUAGCACUCGAGUUGGUUGGCCAAGUAUUUUUUAUGUCGGCGGUACUAUUAAUUUAACGUGGGCAGUCAUAUUUUAUUUCUUGGGUGCUGAAACGCCUCAAGCUCAUGCACUUAUCAGUAGACACGAAAUUAGAUACAUAGAAGAAUCAUUACAAGGCCUGUCUCAUUCUACUAGCAAAGCUAAAGUUACACCCUGGAAAGAAAUAUUUACAUCAUUACCACUUUUGGCACUUACUUCAUCCCAUUUGGGUCAAUCAUUGGGAUUUUGGCUGCUGUUGAGUGAAAUGCCCACGUUCAUCAGUGUUGUUCACAAUUUUAAAAUCAAAGAUAAUGGAAUGCUGACCGCUUUACCGUACCUGACCAUGUUCCUAUUACAAAUUCCAGUAAGUUAUAUAGCAGAAAUAUUUAAUAAACAGCAGUGUAUGUCAGUGACAACAUCUAGAAAAAUGUGGAAUUCAGUUUCUAUGUGGGGUGGUGCAUUUGGCUUAAUUCUAUUGGGAUUUCUCGAUGAAAGUGCCAUUGCUACUAUAGUUCUUUACAUUAGUAUCGUUGCUAUUGGAUGUUGUUGCAAUCUUGGAUUCAAUUUAAACCAUAUGGAUCUUUCACCUAAUUAUGCUGGUUUGUUAAUGGGCAUUACCAACGCAAUAGCAUCUUCUGGUGGAAUAUUUGCACCACUAGUAGUUGGGAUUGUUAUUAAAGACCAAAAAUCUAUUACCCAAUGGCGAUAUGUAUUUUUUACUGGAGCUGGAAUAUUAUUUUUUUCAAACUUAUUUUUUGUAUUGUUUGGUUCAGCUGAAACUCAACCAUGGAAUUCUCUACCAGAAGUAAAGAAGAAGAAUGAACCUGUAAAAAAAGUUUGAUGUUUGUGCUCAAAUUCAACCAGAGAUCCCGAGCUAACCAAAUAAGCACAAAAAUCGUCUAGGAAAACGAAAGAAUAACAUAAAUAUAUUAAAAUGCUUAUUUAUUUAUUCUGAAUGAUUAAAGAUCUAUGUAUUAUCUA